AGUUCUUUGACCUGGAAGUACCGGUUCGAGCAGUGAUGGCGGAGAAGUUCGACUCGCUGGAGGAGCACCUGGAGAAGUUUGUGGAGAACAUCCGGCAGCUCGGUAUCAUCGUCAGCGACUUCCAGCCCAGCAGCCAGGCCGGCCUCAACCAGAAGCUGAAUUUUAUGGUUACGGGACUGCAAGACAUUGAUAAAUGUCGACAGCAGCUUCAUGAUAUCAGUGUGCCUUUAGAAGUUUUUGAGUACAUCGAUCAAGGCCGUAAUCCACAGCUUUACACUAAAGAGUGUUUGGAGCGGGCUUUAGCUAAAAAUGAACAAGUGAAAGGAAAAAUUGACACAAUGAAGAAAUUUAAAAGCUUAUUAAUUCAAGAACUGACAAAGGUCUUCCCAGAGGACAUGGCCAAAUACAAAGCUAUUCGAGGUGAAGAUCCUCCUACUUAAAAAUUCAGCCUUCAGUAGGUUCUAAAAUAUUCUCUGUAUUUUUAUGGAAUUGAUAUUUCCUGUUCUGACUGGAGGGAGAGGGAAGCAAAGCCCUCCUAUCAAGUGUGCUAAUAAAUGUGAGAGUCAAUGACUAUGAAGGAGUUGAUUACCACUUAUUCUACUUCUGAAGCCAUUAAAUUAUUCGUACAUAUUUCUAUGUAUCAAAAUAUUGCAAUGGAAAGUGUGUUUUCCCCUGAAAUAUUUGGGAAGCAUAUAUGUAACCUGGGAGCAGUGGUACAGUGUUUUCAUUUCAAGAGCAAAGUUCCUUACUAGAACAGAAUAGUGGAUUUCAAUUUCAGAUGAGCUAGUGGUACAAUGUGGUUUAAUUAGCUGCUGAAAGAAGUGCAUUUAUUUAUUCUUGAUUAUAACAUAGGCUUUGGUCUGUUUCACACAAGGAAAUAAUAAAUAAGAGCUGAUGACUUAAUUUUUUGACAACUGUAAAAGCAGCAAUUUAUCUUUUUGCCAAAUUCUGCAAAACUCACUAUCAAAGGCAGCGUUGGAUUUAUUGAACCACAAUCACAUAUAGCCUCAAAAAAACUUGUCCUGUGGCCAGGGUGCCAGACCAAGGGAAAGAAAUUUUUGUUAAGGCUAGCCUCAACAGCAGUGUGUCUAUUUUGUACCAUAAUGUUUAGUGCAUAAACCCUUUUUUUUCACUUUGUAUUGCAUUUUCUGUAGGUAAAACAUUAAAUUUAAACUUUGAA